UCUUGGUGUAAUUUGAUUCAACAUAAGUCGUGCUUUUGUUUCAAAAACUGAUUCAAAAUCCACAACCCAAAAACCCGACUUCCAAAAGCUCAGUCUUUUCUCCACAUCUCAACAAUGGAGGACAAGCCCUCGACCCUUAGCUCCUCACCCACCUCCGCCGGCCACACCGCCAGAACCACACAGGAGCUCGCCGUCGAGGGCCAAAAGCACCUCGAGGAGACUAUCGGAGCCGCCUUCCUGAUCCUCUCCGCCAUGAACGACGAACUCUGCAACCCCUCCCUCUGGUCCACCACCGCUCCUCAUCCUCCUCCCCCGGCCGCGGCGAGCAACGGCCACCAAUCGAACGGCGACGUGCUGUCGGACUCUUCCUCCGCGUCCUCCGCGGUCCACUCGUCCCACACUCAGCAUCUCCUCCAUAACAGCUCCGACGUCGGAGGUGGGGCCCUCGACGAAGCUAGAUUGCGGUAUAGGUCCUCCGUCUCGUCCCUGAGGUCCGUCCUCGCCGCAAUCUCGAAUGCGCAGAAGGCAGCAUCCGAGGCAGUCUCGUCAAGUACCUCAUUAUCUCCAGAUGAUGAAAUGGAGACUGAGCAGCUUGAAGAGCAGGCUGCCAUCUUAAGACAGAAGCUUGCGGAGAAGAACAAACAUCUCAAAGGUCUGAUAGAUCAGCUUCGCGAUCUCCUGGCUGAUAUAUCUACAUGGCAAAGUCCUUGUACAGUCUGAAGGCAAAAUGAUGUUCUUCAAGUAUCGAGAUGAAAACGAGGAUUUCGAGAAUCGAUCGAUUGAUGGAUGCUGAAACAAUCGAGAAUUGAACGAUUGAUGGAGAAUACAACUUCCAAGUGAUUUUGAUGCGGAUUAGUGUUUCAACUCUUUCUGUUGUGUGUUGCCUUUUGUUUUUUUUUUUGUGACCUUUUUUCAGUUUGUUUUCAUUUUGAUGCUAACUUGUAACAAAUGAGUAAAGCGAAUAGUUCUAAAUUUGAAAUUUCUUCUAAAUUGGGGAUUAAACUCGGGUGCUUGUAUGUAUCUUAUUAAGUGUCAUUAUCUCCAAGAUUUAUAUAA